UCAGUCAUGUGCUACUUUUGACAUUUCACUUCCGCGGGAUUUUAAGUGGAAUGGAAGUUUCGAAGUCUGAUGUGGAUAGGCCUUUCAAACUUAAUGGACUUUUUCUUGCGCCAGAUGCCUCUCAGUACUUAUUGUCCAUUGUUCAGCGCGUUGAGCCAGCAAAACGUCAGAAAGUCCUACGGAAGCUAGUUGAUACUAUUCUGAAGCAAAAAAUCGAAAACAACAAAAUAUCAAAAGUACUGUGUGAAGCAGCUGUCAAAGAGUGCCGUGCGGACCACUGCACGGACAACACCGUUUUGUAUGUUGUUGAUGCUUUUACGGUAAGAUCCAAUCUAAAUUCUUCCACAUUCCUGAAGGUGCCUUAUUUCCGUCAUUCAAAGACUUUGAAUAAGUUCGUUCCUUUUGUUCCUGAAAGUGCGGCGCAUGAGCGUUUGCUAUUUCCGGUGACAGCAGAUGCGAAGGCAUUUUUAUAUUCACACCGCUACGAGGUUAUAUAUCAGAGAAUGCUACGACAUCAGGUAUUCUCAAAAACAUCCUCUCUGGAAGGAUCAUCCAACGCAAAUUAUCGUCUUCGACCGAUUGAAUACUUACUAGCAGCUGGAUCUAGAAUUGACUCAGUUGUUGUAUUAGCUUUAAUCAGUCAACUUCGUGAAGGUGAUUGGUAUGCUGAAGAUCCUUCAGGAAUGGUGAAACUAAAUUUACAACAGGCCAUUUUUCACGAGGGAUUGUUUCCUGAAGGAUCAGUUGUACUAAUUGAAGGUUUCUAUGAUGAAAAAGUAUUAUAUGUCACUGGGAUGGGUCUUCCUCCAUGUGAAUCUAGUGAAACAACACGUCGUGCAUUUUCUGUAGGAAAUCCGUUUGGUGGAGGUCCACCAGACGCGCUUGCAGCUUCUCAUGAUGCAAAAAUGAAUAGAUUAUUAACAACUACUCAAGCUGGUUCAGAUGCUAUGCUAGUAAUUCUUGGUGAAACACAUCUUGAUAGAGCAGAAACAUUGGAUCGUUUAACCACCUUAUUUGGUGGUUAUGCAGCAUGUGCUCCAGUUGCAUUUAUUUUAAGCGGAAAUUUUUUAAGUCCAAAUUCUGCUGGAAAAACAUGCACUGAACGUAGAAUAAUUCUAAAAAGGCUAUUACGACAGUUAAUCACCAUCUUCAAGAACAACUUUCCAGAUACAGACUCUCAAAAUACUUCUGAGUCGAAUCGAUCACCAGCAUUGAUAUUAAUACCUGGUCCAGAAGAUCCUGUCUAUGCUCCAAAAUAUAUUUUACCACGUCCUGGUUUAUCGCUCGACUUGAUUUCUAAUGAUGGAAAUCGUUCAUCUUCGUCUACUUGUCCAUCAUGGUUGCAUUUAGCUUCAAAUCCGUGUCGUUUACGUGUAUAUACACGUGAAAUAGUGAUUUUUCGUGUAAAUUACAGUCGACUAUUAAUUCGGCAUUGUGUUCACUUGCCUACAAUAAACACAUUAGAUUCUCAUACUGAAACAAAGGAGACUGUAGAAGAUUCAGUUGCAACUGAAAAUUCUGAGGUGAUUGACAUGGAUAGUACAACUGUUGAUAGUGAUGCACAGUCAAUCAAAUCAAAAACAACUGCGAAAUCUGAUAAAACCCCUUUCGAGCAUUUGGGUCAAUGCUUGGCACGUUGUUUAGCAAGUCAAGCUCAUCUGCUACCAGUUUUAGGUCAUAUAGCUCCUGUAUAUUGGUAUCAUGAUCAAGCUUUAGGCUUACAUCCUUUGCCUAAUCUAGUAGUUGCUAUAGAACCAGAACCUUUAGCUGAUCUGAAUGCUUCAGAACCUGGUCUUAUUACUACUGGUAAUUGUCGAUUUAUUAAUCCUGGUCGAUUUGGUCAUAUUCAAUUUUCGAGUACAUCAAAACGUCGUCAAAAUAGUUACACAUUCAAAGUUUAUUAUCCAAGAACUGGAAUUGUUGAAGAUAGUUGUUUACCUUCUGAUUAGAGUAUUUUAUAGACAUGAUCCUUUUCAAAAAAGUCAAUGAAUAUUAUUUUUAUAAUCGGACUUUGUAUUACGCUUCUAAUAAUAAUUCAGGAGGGG